AGGGUUAUUUGUACUCCCAUUUAGUAUCAAUAAUAUAAUUUCACAUUAUUCUGAAUGUCAACAUAGUAUCAGAGCCAAAUUCCCUACCCUAGCUUCGACCCUCCCUUCAAAGCCACCAGAUUCCCUUCCUGCCAUCCUCCCCGUAGGAAGAGAGGGAUGCUUUCUCUUUGUUAUCCUGUGGCGGCGCUCACUCAUCUUUUUCGCUCAUAGGGUUUUGUUGAUAUUUCUAAUUUCAACUCUUCAGUCACUCUUCAUCGUGCCAUCUUCCCCUAUUGUUAGGGCUUCAAUCUAUCAACCUACACCAUCUUGAUAUCUUGUCCCGCUUUUGUCUGUAAUCCUCUACGCUAGAUCUGAUUAUGGCGACUGUUGUCCCCACUGCAAAUCAAGUCACAAAUUUGCUGCAGAAGCUGAAGUUGGAAUCCAAGAGCAAGACUCAUGAUGCUACGGAGGUUGCUAAGGAGCUGACUGGUAUUCAAUAUGGUUUAGCAAAUGGUGUGGAAGCACCAAAAGUUCAGAUCCCGUCAUCGUUGAGAUUUGUGACCCUUGUUCUUCCAGAGUACAUGGAUCAUAAUAUUUGGUAUCUGCAUAACAAUUAUCCAUCGUCAACUUAUUAUUACGGAGGUUAUGAUGGUUCGAUUGGAGAUUGGGAUGAGUAUUCUAGAUAUUAUAGCCCUGAAGUAGUGGAGAUGCCACAUGGAGUUUAUGGCGAUUUGUUUCAUCAUGGGUAUAGAUAUACACCUUAUGGUGCUUAUACCUCUUCUGCUUCUGCUGUUCCGACUCUUGGCCACGACAGCCAAAUGUAUCUCACCUAACAUUACCAAUAUCUUUCUUUAUAUUUCAAACUUCAAGCAAUCCCAAAUGGAGGAUACUCUUCCAACUAUGCUCUUACUUCUCAGCCAGAAGUUAAUUCAC